AUGCUACCGCCUCUUGACGUAGGGAUCACCAACGACAAGUGCACGAUGUUGCCCAACAUUGUCGUCCACGAAGACUGGCCUUGUGGUCAGAGGAUGGUGAUUGGUUCGAGGUGGGCUGCUGUGUGGUAUCCAGGUCUUCUGUCGGCGGCCACCUUCCGGGAACAGCGUCUCCGGGGAACGCUGUUUGUGAGCAGCCAUCAGUUGGAGGGAACACUGGAGGGACUCCCACCCUGCCUCUGUCAUUCCACCCCGCCUCUGUCAUUCCACCCCGCCUCUGUCAGCCCACCCUGGCCGUGUCAGCCCACCCUGCCUCUGUCAGCCCACCCCGCCUCUGUCAUCCCGACCCGCUUCUGUCAUCCCACCCCUGCCUCUGUCAUCCCACCCCGCCUCUGUCAUUCCACCCCGCGUCUCUGUCAUCCCACCCCGCCUCUGUCAUUUCCACCCCGCCUCUAUCAGCCCAACACGCCUCUGUCAGCCCAACACGCCUCUGUCAGCCCACCCCGGCCGUGUCAGCCCACCCCGCCUCUGUCAUUCCACCCCCGCCUCUGUCAUUCCACCCCGCCUCUGUCAGCUCACCCCGCCUUUGUCAGCCCACCCCGCCUCUGUCAGCCCACCCUGCCUCUGUCAGCCCACUCUGCCUUUGUCAGCCCACCCCGCCUCUGUCAGCCCACCCCGCCUCUGUCAGCUCACCCCACCUUUGUCAGCCCACCCUGCAUUUGUCAGCUCACCCCGCCUUUGUCAGCCCACCCUGCAUUUGUCAGCCCACCCUGCAUUUGUCAGCCCACCCCGGCCGUGUCAGCCCACCCCGCCUCUGUCAUUCCACCCCUGCCUCUGUCAGCCCACCCCGCCUCUGUCAGCCCACCCCGCCUCUGUCAGCCCACCCCGCCUCUGUCAGCUCACCCCGCCUUUGUCAGCUCACCCCGCCUUUGUGAGCCCACCCUGCCUCUGUCAGCCCACUGUGCCUUUGUCAGCCCACCCCGCCUCUGUCAGCCCACCCCGCCUCUGUCAGCCUCACCCCGCCUCUGUCAGCCCACCCCGCCUCUGUCAGCCCACCCCAGCCCUGUCAGCCCACUCCUGCCUCUGUCAGCCCACCCCUGCCUCUGUCAGCCCACCCCGCCUUUGUCAGCCCACCCCGCCUUUGUCAGCUCACCCCGCCUUUAUCAGCCCUUCACCCUUCUGUCAGCCCACCCCGCCUCUGUCAGCCCACCCCCGGCCCUGUCAGCCCACCCCGGCCCUGUCAGCCCACUCCUGCCUCUGUCCGUCCAUCCCGCCUCUGUCAGGCCACCCCGCCUUUGUCAGACCACCCCGGCCCUGUCCGCCCACCCUGCCUCUGUCAGCCCACCCCGCCUUUGUCAGCCCACCCCGGCCCUGUCCCCCCAACCCGCCUCUGUCAGCCCAUUCCCACUUUGUUAG